GAGAAACCGUUCAGCUGCUCCAUCUGUGGCAAAUGUUUCACUGUCACCGGACACCUGAAGAGACACAUGAAGCUGCACACAGCCGACAGUCACCCGAGUGAAUCUCCAGGUUCACAGGCAGCCAAAGUUCAGACUGAAGGUCGCUGUCUCAGUUCUGGAGGCUCCGAGUGCGGAGAAGCCGCAGAAUGUGCGCCGUGCAGCUGCUGCGGGUGUCGGUCCAUGAGCGGAUCAGCGCCGCCGCUGAAGACUUUCUGUUGCAGCUGGAAAAAGGACAAGAAGCGGCGGAGCUCCCGGCGCUGAGAGCGCUGCUCACCGAGCGGCUAACGGCGGCUGCGGAGGAGAUCGUCGGUCUGUUGGAGGAAACUGUGGCGGACUACGAGGACCGAGUGGAGCGAUCAGAGCGGGAGAUCUGCCACCAGAGGAGGCUGCUGGAUGCCGUGCUGAAGCCCGAAGUCCGGCUGUACCGAGCAGAUGUCCAGCAACCUCUGCAGAACAUCUGCACAACGUUGGUGAGGAGCGAAGACCAGAAACAGGAUAAGUGGACAGAAACUCGCCACAUUAAAGAGGAACAGGAGGAACUGUGGAGCAGCCAGGAGGCAGAAAUCCCCAAAUUCAGUCCAGACUCUGUGAAGAGUGAUGAGCAUAAAGAGAAACCUCAUUUUUCCUCUUUUCAUCACAGAAACUCUAAACUAGAACCAGAGACCUCUGAACUGUCUGUAGCGGAGAUCGAAGUGAGCUGUGACAAUGGGCUGAACGAUGACGCUCCAUCAGGUUUCCGUGAAGCAAAAGGCAGUUCUCCUGAGAAACCACUCAGCUGUGGGAAAACCUUCCCUAAUAAAGGCUCUCUGGUUACGCGCAUGAAGAACCGCAGUGAAAAGAAACCGGUCAGCUGCUCUGUGUGUGGGAAAAAAUGUUCCAAAAAAGGUUAUCUGAUGCAGCAUAUGGUUGUGCACCGAAGAGAGAGAAAGCAGAACUGCAGCAUCUGUAACAGAAGGUUAGUUUGGCAGGCGGGAGUUGAGUGUCAUCAGUGUGUGGGCGGGGUUUCUCAGCAUCCAGCAGGUGGAGGGACCAAAUGUAAAAAACCGCUCAACUUCUCUGAGUGUGAUAAAAGACUUUGCUACAGCCACCACCUGAAGAAGGACAUGGGAGCACUCACCGAGGAGAAUCUGUUUACCUGCCCAUUCUGCGGCAGGAGAUUCACUCAGAGAGGAUAUCUGAUGCAGCACAUGGACCUCCACACCGGGAAGAUUCGCUUCCGCUGCUGCGUCUGUGACCAAAGGUUUGCUUGGCGUCAUGACCUCAAAAACCAUAAGUGUGGUGAUCUGUCACAAUCGAGCUUUGGCAAUGAAAGUGGAGGGGAGCCUGUACCCAGCGACGGAUCCGAUACCGAUGAUACGACCAGUGACUCCUCUGAACCCGAGGCUGAAGGUGGAGAUGACAUUCACAAGGACCCUCAGCAGGAGUUAAACAGCGAUGUGAGAGGCGGGAAAACGCCGCUGUUGCUAGGAUACGGCGGCGUUGACUGCGUUGCUGGGAAACGGCAAACGGGAGAAACAAAGUUCUGCUUCGGUUAUUACCGGACUCGGUUUCACUCCGGUGACCGGGAGGAGUUCGGCCGCCAGUGUCUCCUGUCGGACCGACCCGCGGAGCUGCUGCUGGACGUUCUUCCGGAUCAGAACCUCGCCUCGAACUUCAUCCAGAGAAGCCACAGAGACCAGGCGGUGCAGGCCGGCAGGCAGGUGUCCGAGCACCAGGUGAACACUGAACGCUUCGAGUCCGACAGCUGUGGGAUAAACCAUGUGGAAGGGGGGUGGCCCAAAGACAUCAACCCCCUUGACAUGGAACAAACCAUCCGUUUCAGGAAGAAGGCAGAAAAAGACGAGAGCUACUUGAACAGCAUCCCACAGCUGGGCAGUGUCGCAGAACAUUGUGGGAGACAGAACAAUGCCGUGGACAUCUACCAAGAGCCCUUUGAUGGCUGGGAGGAAGUAGAAGAAAGUCCAGAGCCACCGUCUGCCAAGACUAUCAACAUAUUCAGAGAUCCUAAUGAAGUCAAACGUACUGUCACAGGCCUUUCAUGGCAUCCUGAUGGUGGCCGGAAGUUGGCGGCCGCCUACUCCUGCCUCGACUUCCAGAAAGCCUCCAGAGACAUGAGCCUGGACUCAUACAUCUGGGACGUGGAGAACCCGAACCGACCAGAGCUGACCCUGAAGCCAGCAUCACCACUCGUCUGUCUGGACUACAACCCCAAAGAUCCCCACACUCUGGUGGGAGGCAGCUACAAUGGACAGAUUGUGUACUGGGACACCCGGAGAGGCAGCCAGCCAGUGGAGUUAUCUUCUGUGGAGCAUAGUCACAGAGAUCCAGUAUACAAGAUCAUCUGGCUGCAGUCCAAGACUGGGACAGACGCCUUCUCUGCCUCCACAGACGGACAGGUUCUCUGGUGGGACGUCCGGCGGCUAAGCGAGCCCACAGAGCGCCUGGUUUUGGACCCGACUCGGGAGGGGAACCUGGACCGGGCUUUAGGAGCAAUCUCUCUGGAGUUUGAGGCCACCAUGCCAACUAAGUUCAUGGUGGGGACGGAGCAGGGCCUGGUCGUCUCCUGCAACCGGAAGGCAAAGACUCCGACCGAGAAGAUCGUCUGUACAUAUGACGGCCACCACGGUCCGGUCUACGCCCUGCAGAGGAACCCUUUCUUCCCCAAAAACUUCCUCACCGUGGGGGACUGGACGGCUCGCAUCUGGUCCGAGGACAUCAAGGAGUCGUCCAUCAUGUGCACCAAGUACCAGAUGUCAUAUCUGACAGAUGCCUGUUGGAGUCCAGUACGACCCUCAGUCUUCUUCACCCUGAAGAUGGAUGGCAUGUUGGAUGUGUGGGACAUCCUGUUCAAACAGAGUGAUCCCACGCUGAGUCUCAAGGUGUGUGACAGAGCACUGUACAGCCUCCGUGUUCAAGAUAAUGGCCGUCUGGUGGCGUGCGGCUCUCAGCAGGGCGAAACAACGCUGCUGGAGAUUUGUUCUGAACUGUCGACCCUCCAGAAGAACGAGAAGAGUCUUCUGGCUGCUAUGUUUGAACGAGAGACAAAACGAGAGAAGAUCCUGGAGGCCCGACAGAGAGAGAUCCGUCUGAAGGAGAGGAGUCGCUCAGAGCAGAGCCGAGAGGAGGAGAUUGGACGGGAGGACGGCGAGGACGACCCCGAUCAGCUGAUCGCCAGAGCUGAGAGGGACUUCUACAACCAGGUGGAGGCGGAGUUAAAGAGGAGGGAGAUGAGGGAGGAGGAGGCGCUGAGGGAAAAAGAUGUCUGUGAAGAAAAAGAAGUAAAAGACGAAGAAGAAGCUGGACGAAACGAAGCAAGAAGAGGAAGAGGAAGAGGAAGAAGAAGAUCAGCUUUUGUUGUGUCAGUUGUUAGCAACAGACGUUCCAGUAGCUCGAUUCAGGUUCUGUUUCGGUUCUGUCCUGGCUCCGGUGUGAACAUGUCCCGGGCCCAGAACGUCCAGAAGAUGCGGCAGUUCGUCGCUCAGCGGCUGCACGCGGCGGCCGAAGAGAUUUUGGCGGUUUUUGAGAAAACGAUCGAUAAAUACGAGCAGGAAGCGGCUCUGAAUCAUGAGGUCAUCUCCCGCCAGCACGCGCUGCUCUGCGCGCUCCACAGCCCGCUGGUGGAUCUGAAGUCCACAGAUGUCUUCACGCAGCAGCUGAUGGUCAGCAAAGAUGCAGCUCCUCUGGAGGACAAGAAUCAGAACCAGGACAAGAACCAGACCCAGCAACAAAACCAGGACCCAGAACCCUCACAGGUUAAAGAGGAACAGGAUGGGGAGCAGCUCCACCUGGACGAGGCUGACAUCAUCAAGUUCACCUACAGUUCCGGGUUUGCAGUGACGUCAGGUGAGAACCUGGACCCGUCAGCCGGACCGGGACCAGCAGGUCCAGAUCAAGAUGUCCUUCUGGUGUCGUCCUCGGAGACUGAGGACAGCGAAGACUACAACAGGGACUCUGUCGGUCCCAGACCUGCUCCAGACAGACCGAAUCGUCGUCGAGCCAGAAGCAGGUUCACCUGCUGGGUCUGUAGCCGGACCUUCAAUGCUCGCAGGUUCCUGUUCAGACACGUCAGGACUCACCUGCAGGAGGCGUCGCUGGUCUGUGGGGUGUGUGGCGAAAGCUUCGAGGCUGCAGAUGGUCUGAAGCUUCACCUACAGACUCACCUGAAGAAGAGUUCCCUUCAGAACCAGAACCAGACCGAGACUGAGACAGGAACCGGGACCUGGAGCAGCGUGAGGCAGCGGUCGAACACAAACGUCCAGGAGGAGCAGAAUCCCGACAGGUGUGACGACUGCGGGAAGAAGGUGUGGAAGAAGAGGCGGCACAGAUGUCGGACCUGGAGAAAAAACCAGAACCCGAAGGGUCCAGAAGAAACCAAGAAGAAGAAAUCUUUGGUCCUGUCUGGUGGUCUGUGGCGGUCUUUGGUCCUGUCUGGUGGUCUGUUGCAGUCUUUGGUUCUGUCUGGUGGUCUGUGGCGGUCUUUGGUCAUGUCUGGUGGUCUGUGGCGGUCUCUGGUCUGGUCUGGUAGUCUGUGGCAGUCUUUGGUCUUGUCUGGUGGCCUGUGGCGGUCUCUGGUCCUGUCUGGUGGUCUGUGGCGGUCUUUGGUCUGGUCUGGUGGCCUGUGGCGGUCUCUGGUCCUGUCUGGUGGUCUGUGGCGGUCUUUGGUCUUGUCUGGUGGUCUGUGGCGGUCUCUGGUCCUGUCUGGUGGUCUGUGGCGGUCUUUGGUCUGGUCUGGUGGUCUGUGGCGGUCUUUGGUCUGGUCUGGUGGCCUGUGGCGGUCUCUGGUCCUGUCUGGUGGUCUGUGGCGGUCUUUGGUCUUGUCUGGUGGUCUGUGGCGGUCUCUCCACAGCGAGCCCUCUGGCUGCCGCCUGCUGUGGAUGGUCGAUGGCGUCAUUGCUCCUCUUGGCAGCGCUCUGCAGGUCGCGGAGGUAGUUCUUCCUCUCGAUGCAAUGACCUCUGCAGGAGUUAAAAAGCUCCAGAGCGGUCAGCGGGUCGAAGCCGUCAACGUCGAUCAGGUACCUGCAGACCAGGUAGCCGGUGCGGUUCAGGCCGUGGGUGCAGUGGACUCCAAUCAGCUUGUCAUUGUCCUGGUUCUCCUUCAGGAAUCGUCUCACGGCCUGUUUAAAGCUCAGGAUGGUGGCAUUGGAAGGAACCCGGUGGCCCUAGUCCAGCAGGUCCCACAGACUGAAGGAGUCAGACUUAGGCAGCUGACAGUUCAGAGACUCUUUAAACGGCACUUUGAAGGCGAUGAACCGAGUCCCUGGUAUCCUGCGUCCUACAGGACAGUAGUUCAGCCAUCGGUCCGAUACUCUGAAAGGGGAUUCCGGAAGUGUCUUGCAUUGUUUACAUUCUGCUCUUUGUUCGCUGAAAACCAAAAAAUGUCGAAGAAACGGGCAGAACUCCGGAGCCUGAAGGCCGCCGUGAACCAGCAGCUGGCUGCGGCCGCUCAGGAGAUCUUCUGGCUGCUGCAGGAGCGCGGCCGGGCGGAGCUGGAGGAGCUGAGGCGGCUGCUGACGGAGCGGAUCACCGCGGCCGUGGAGCUCAUCCUCGCCGCUUUCGAGGCGAGCAGAUCGGCCGAGAUACAACCGCAGGAGCCCGACGGGAGUCAGACAGCGGAGCAGAAAGAACUGCGUCUCUCUGUUGACAUUGGGAGUCUCUCUGAGGACAAACAUCUGAAUCCUGCCAUCUCUGGUGAUGACAGACUGAAGGAGUCUGUCCCCGGUACUUCCUCCAGGCUGGACAAUGAAUGCGACAAUCCGAUUGCAGAUGAUGACGACGAUGACGAGGAAGCGACGCCUCACUGCUGCAGAGUUUGUGGGAAGUCAUUCGACAGGAAAGGCUUCCUGAUGAAGCACGUAGAGAAACACUCGAAGGAUGAUGACUGUGUGUGUGGUCUGUGUGGUGAGCAGUUGGAAUCUGGCGAUGGUCUGAGGCUGCAUCUUCAGACGCACCGCGACAGCAGCAGGACCUGUGAUGUCUGUGGGAAGAAGUUCCCGUCAAUCCGAGCACAGGAGACGCACCGCCGGCUGCACACCGGGGAGAAACCCUUCAGCUGCCAUGUCUGUGGGAAAGAAUUCAGCCAGAAGGGCAACAUGGUGACGCACAUGAGGAUCCACACAACAGAGAAGCCGUUCACUUGCAAUGUUUGUCGCAAAGAGUUCAGCCACGCUGGCUCUCUGGAUCGACACAUGAAGGCCCACGAUGGACAGACGCCAUUCUGCUGCAAAGUCUGCGGGAAAGGCUUUGCUAAGAGUGGUGAGCUGAGGCGACACGUCCGCAGCCAUGAGUCCAACGAGCAGCCUGCUGCCACGAGCAGGCGCAGGAAGCCAAGUCUGACUCCGUCGCACUGCUGCAAGGUUUGCGGCAACGCCUUUCACAACAAAGGUAACUUUGUGCGUCAUGCAGAAACGCAUUUGAAUAGCCCAGACUUCCCGUGCGGUGUCUGCGGAGAGCGUUCCGAGUCCUCAGAGAGUCUGCAGCUCCACAUCCAGACUCACAGAGAAACCAGCCGCAUCUGCGACAUCUGUGGCGUCAGCUUCCGGGACAUGGAGAUCCACAUGAGGACACACACUGGACAGAAACCUUUUAGGUGCAAAGAUUGUGGCAAAGACUUUCCCCGCAAAGGCUCUCUAGAGCGACACCUGAAGCUGCACGCCGGCGAGCGGCCGUACAUCUGCGAGUUCUGUGGAAAGACCUUCAUUGAAAACACUGUCCUGAAGAGGCACAUCAAAAGCCACACAGGAGGGAAGCCUCGCAUUUAUUCCUGCGAGGUCUGUGGCAAGAAGUUCACCAUGAGCCAGCAUCUGGAUGUGCACAAGAGAAUCCACACCGGCGAGAAGCCCUACACCUGCAGAGUCUGCGGGAAGAACUUCAGGCAGAUCGGGAACCUGGACUCCCACAUGAGGAUCCACACGGGCGAGAAGCCGUUCAUCUGCAGCCUCUGCGGAAAAAGGUUCCGCCAGAAGAUCUCACUGGAAACACACGAGAGGUUCCACAAAAAGGAGAAGCCCUUUAGCUGCCAGCAGUGUAGCAAAGGCUUCGUCCAGAAGAUCGACCUCAAGAGACACAUGUUGACGCACACUGGUGAGAAGCCAUACAGCUGCCACUUCUGUGGGAAAAGCUACCAGGAGAAACGCUCGUUGGACUCGCACAAGAAGGUCCACACUGGAGAACAAGCCACCAAAGACCCAACUGUAGCACCAAACCUGAAGCACCAAGAAGGAGUUCACCCCGACUUCAUCCAGCUGUGAGCUGCAGCCCAACCAGGAACACCAGCAUCACCACGGCAUCACACCAGUGUCAGACCAGUGUCAGACCAGUUUCAGACGAGUGUCACACCAUCAUCACACCAGUGUCAGACCAGGAUCAGGCCAGUAUCAGCUGCUUCACGUUAACGUUUCUUCAGCAGCAUUGCAGCUGUUUGAUCCAACAGACAGACUCAGAUUUAUUGUUUUCUGUUUAUUGUUUUCUGUUUACUGUCUGAGACACCGGCGGUUCUUUGAGCUCCUGGUUCUGAUUGGUGUCUGUGAGCGUCUACCUGAUUGGCUGUUUCCACCACAGAACCUCCAGUAGCCCGACAGACUGGAUCCAUCAGGGCUGAAACACAAAUGAGAAUGUGGACUUUUACAUCACAGAACAUCUCUGAGCUCAGAGUUUCUCUGGCUGAGAGAAGUGGUGACUGCAGGACUUUAUUGAUCUGUGAGAGCUGUAGCGAUCAGAAAAAUAUCCUCA